CGCCAACACCUUCAAGCUGUUUUCCUCAAUCUUCCGCCGCCGCGUCUUCUCCCCCGUCCGCUCUGGUGUCGGGCUCUCUGUUGCUGCUGCGGCCACAUUGCAACACCGAACAACACCGUCAGGACCGGCAAGUAUAUCACUGCAGCCCUCGGCGCCCGUGAGCGUCAAGGCAAAUCUCCAGAGCAGAAUGGCGCACUCCAAAGUCAUCAUCAUCGGCUCCGGCCCCGCCGCCCACACGGCCGCUAUCUACCUCUCGCGCGCAGAGCUCAAGCCUGUCAUGUACGAGGGCAUGCUUGCCAACGGCACCGCUGCAGGUGGCCAACUGACCACCACCACCGACGUCGAGAACUUCCCCGGUUUUCCCGCCGGUGUCGGAGGCACCGAGCUCAUGACCAAGAUGCGCGAGCAGUCGAUUCGCUUCGGAACAGAGAUCAUCACAGAGACUAUUUCGCGUGUGGACCUCUCUAGCCGCCCGUUUAAGCUGUGGAAAGAAUGGUCCGAUGGACCCGAUGAUGCUCCCGCACAUACGGCGGAUGCUUUGAUCAUUGCCACUGGUGCUAAUGCGCGUCGGUUGGAUUUGCCCGGUGAAGACAAGUACUGGCAGAACGGAAUCAGCGCGUGUGCUGUGUGCGACGGUGCGGUGCCAAUUUUCCGAAACAAGCCACUGUUUGUGAUCGGUGGAGGAGAUUCUGCCGCUGAAGAGGCGAUGUUCUUGACAAAAUACGGCAGCAGCGUGACUGUGCUUGUACGCCGGGACAAAUUACGAGCUAGCAAGACCAUGGCUACCAGAUUACUGAAUCAUCCAAAGGUUGAAGUGAAGUUCAACACCGUGGCCGUUGAAGUCCAGGGCGAGCCGCAGCCAAGGGGCUUGAUGACCCAUUUGAAGAUCAAGAACGUGGUCACUGGUAAUGAGGAGGUUGUUCCUGCUAAUGGACUCUUCUACGCUGUUGGACACGAGCCCGCCACCGGAUUGAUAAAGGGCCAGGUUGAGACCGAUUCAGACGGCUAUAUUGCCACCAAGCCAGGAACUAGUUACACAAGUGUCGAGGGUGUCUUUGCAGCGGGAGAUGUACAAGAUAAGAGAUAUAGACAAGCUAUCACCAGUGCAGGGUCUGGUUGUAUCGCUGCGCUCGAGGCCGAGAAGUAUAUCGCUGAGUUAGGUGACGUCGAACAACCAGCAAAUACGAUACAACAAUCUGCGACACAGGCAGAGAAGGAACUCGAAGAGAACCCCCCUGCUUCAUUGGAGUAUAAAUCCAACCCCUUGCUGUAGAUUUUAUCGUGUCAUUUUCGAAUCCAUUAACAACAUAGAAUUUCUUUCUUUGUCAAUUUAAGAUGAAGGAGACUUUGAGACUUACCCUGCCAUGGUUGUUUUUUUUGUUAGAGAUCUGGGGCAUCCUUAGCUUUGCGUUGGUUCAAGUAGAUAUUUAGUUUUUAGAUGGAUUCUACAUUAGAUGGUAGCAAGUCCUUGCAGUACAUAUUACAUAUUGCCAUUUUACUCUCCUUUCGGGCCUUGAUACCGG